AUGCAGCUCUCAAUUAUCUUCGCUACACUCAUUACAGCUAUCACUGCGACCUAUGUGUCAUUCGAUCCAGGCUAUGACGAUGGUACACGCACGCUUCGAGAUGUAUCUUGCUCCGAUGGCCCCAAUGGACUCAUAACCAAGUAUCACUGGGAAACUCAGGGCGAAAUCCCCCGCUUCCCAUAUAUUGGUGGCGUUCAAGGCACUACCUGGAAUUCCCCAUUAUGCGGCGCUUGCUACAAGCUAGAAUAUGGUGGCAGAAGUAUACAUGUCUUGGGCAUAGAUGCUGUCUAUAACGGCGGUUUGAACAUUGGCCUACACGCCUUGAAUAAUCUCACUAAUGGCAAUGCUGUCGCAUGGGGACACGUGGAUGCUACUGUUACGCAGGUCUCUGGAAGGAAGUGUGGCCUUGAAGAAUACAAGAUGUCAUCCGGAGAUAAGUAA